GUUCCAAAUUUUCAUUUCUAAAAUUGAUGUCUAGCUCCAAAAAGAAUGAGUUCAAACAACCCAAAAUAUAGCAACGUUUAAGUAUAGGUAGAAUAUUUACAUGUGUAUUUUGAACAAUAUAUUCUUAGCUGCUCCUAUAUAUUCCCAUGUUUUCAUAUUUUCUUUUAAUGACAUUUAAGGGGAGAUAUAGAUGUAAUAUAUAUAUAUAUAUAUAUUGAUGCCUUAGUUCUUGAAAAUUCAAAACAAGGUCGGUAUUGGAACUUGUAUUAUGGACGAUCAAGAUUAAGGCCGUUUUGUUCUUGUUAAAAUGGAAUGGUUUUUGUCGAUGCUCGAUGUUGUUGUUGGUGAAACCAUGGGACUCCUCCUUGCUUUAAAAUGGGUACAAGAUUUGCACUUGGCUAAUGUUGAUUUUGAACUUGACUCUAAGACCGAGGUUGACAAAUUCCAUAGUAAGAAAGCUCAUAUAGUUAAGAGUUGGGCAAUAUCAUUCGUGAUUUUCAAUUUUCAUUGUUUUUUGGAUGAUGCGCUGGUUCACUUAGAAUAAAUAUGAGGGCUUAUAAAAAGAAUAAAUUAACCCUAAUUUUUUCUUCAACAAGUAGAAGGUGAAAGAUGAAACAAUGCAGACUAAUGUUCAUGCUUCUACCACUUCAGACUACACAACAAGCUUUUGUAAUCGAUGGGGUCUGAAAUCAGCAAAGGUGUUGAUGGCCUUGGAAGUGCUAUAGGCAGUGCUUUCACGGCUCCAUUCAAGAGUGUCUUUGGUGGAUCAUGCCAGGACAUAUGUUCAGGACCAUUGGACGUGAUGUGUUUCAUUGAACAUUUUUGCAUCUCCAGCAUUGUCAAACUGCUGAUGAUUUUGGUCCUAUGCUACAUAUGUUUGUUGUUCUUGUACUCGUUGUUCAAACUUGGUAUAUGCCAAUGCAUAGGAAGAAGCCUUUGUAAGAUGUGUUGUGUCACUUGUGAACUCUCUUGCUUUGCUUUACUAAACAUCACCAGUAACUUGUGGCACAAGCUAAUAAAUACAAAGAGGGUUUACCGCGGAAGAAGAAGACGCCGUUUUCAACAUGAUGAUGUUGAGCUUGGCUACACCUCACCCUCAACUGAUCAUGAAAACAAUAGUUUGUGUGAUUAUAGAAGUCGUCAUUUUGGUAGAAAGAGAAAAUCCUUGAGAGAAAGAAGUAGAAGAAAUGGCCACUCUGUGCACCUCUCAAGGAUGAAAGGGAAAUCUUGGAGAGUGGAGAGCUCAAGAAAGAUCCAAUUAAGUAAAGUCCGGAAUCAGAGAGGAAAAACUACCGUUAUCAAAAGGCGGCGCCAUAAACGAUGAAAUGAUAAUUAUGAUUAGUAUCAAAUUUGAUUCAUAACAUUAUAAAAACAAAUAUCAUUUGGAGUAUGUCAUUUGUCAUCCAAAUAAGAUUGAACGGUGGUAGAUUUCCUAAUGGACGACCACAUGGAAUCUCUGUUUUUGCACCAUUCUACAUUGGAAUAUUUUUUCAUCUACCAUUCUACAUUUUCCUAAGUAUAUAUGGGAGAGGCAACCAUAAAUUUUCUUAUUGAGCAUAUAUGUACGUCAUCUCUCCCCUCCUAACUUAGCUAUGCUAGGUUAGCUUUUCCUAGCGCGUCGCCACGAAGAUCUUCCAGCUAGGAGGUCUUUCUCCUUCAAAGAGUUUUCUCGUGUUCUUUUGAAAGAAGGGCUGCGUUGGAAUAUAGGGAAUGGGUCUCAUAUUCAUGUGUAGUUGGACAAUUGGGUGCAUAGGUCAAAUGGUUCGAAGAUUCUGUCUGUGACUUUUGCUAAGUUUAUUAGGAGACAAACAAAUGUGAUUGCUCAUGUUCUAACAAAUAUGGACUUAGUUAGUUUUCACAUCUUCAUUAAUAUAACAAAAUUAAAGCGCGGUGAUUUAUAGUUUCAACAACUAAUUGUGAGACAAUUUCAACGGUCAGCUA